GGCAGUGUGUCCAUUUCCCUUUCUCCCUCCAGCAUCCGAGGCCCCAACUCGGAAGAGCCACGCCAAUGUCCGACUCAGUCACUCAGUGAACUGUCUCGUACUCUCGUGUCUCCCCUUCUCGGCUUCUCCCAAUUCUUUAUGUUUCGGUUUCGUUGAAAUCCAGCCAUUAACUUCCCCAAUCCCCAAAAACCGUACAGACCCUUCUUCUUCUUCUUCUCCUUCCUUCCUUCCUUCACUCACUCCCAUAAAUCCCGAUCUUCACUCCAUUCACAGAUCCCCCUUUCUUUCGCUCUCUCUGUCUCCCAUCCCAUAGUCCCAUGUCAGCUCCUUCAACUCCCACUCCCCGCUAGCUAAAAUCCCCAAUAAACCUCCCAUGGCGGUUCCAACUAUCCGACCCCAAUUCCUCUGCUUCUUCCUCUUCCUCGCCGUCACAGCCGUUCACUCCCGAUUCCUCUCCUCCUCCACCGAAAACCCUUCUUCCGAUCCGGUCUCCGAUGGCGUUCACGACGGCGGCUGGAACCAGACAAGCCCGUACUAUCACCUCCUGCUCAAGUCAGAGGAGCCGGUGGUGACGGAGUCCUGCGAGCAAUCCUAUGGCUUCAUGCCCUGCACGACCACAGCCCUAGGCAACUUCUUCUUGAUUAUCGUCUAUGGCUACCUCAUGUUCCUCGCUGCAACUUACUUGUCAAACGGUAGUGAGCUCUUGCUCGAGAUUCUGGGGCCUGGGAUUGUCGGGGGUCUGUUCCUCCCUGCUCUCGGUGCCCUCCCCGAUGCUAUGCUCAUCAUGGUGUCUGGGCUUUCUGGGAGUGUUGAGACUGCUCAGAGUCAAGUCUCCGUUGGGAUGGGGUUGCUGGCUGGUUCGACUGUCAUGCUGCUUACUUUGAUCUGGGGGACCUGCAUUCUUGUUGGCAAAUGUGAUAUCAGGGAGUCGGAUUCCAUCGCCAUUGAUGGCCAGGACACCAAAGGGAUGCACUUAACUGCUAGUGGUGUCAGUACUGAUAUCUGGACUUGCUAUGCUGCCAGAAUAAUGGCUAUAUCAGUUAUUCCAUUCGUUAUCGUUCAGUUCCCACAAAUGAUUCAUUCAACAGCUGGGAGACAGGUGGCGGUCUUGAUUGGACUUGUUGUAUCUGUUUCGAUGCUCAUUUCAUAUUGUCUCUACCAGGUUUUCCAGCCUUGGGUUCAGAGAAGAAGGCUUGCUUUUGCAAAGCACAAACAUGUGAUAUCUGGGAUUUUGAAGCAUUUGAAACAACGGUCCCUGGGAAGGCUUCUGGACGAUGAUGGUGAACCUGACAGAGAAGUCAUAAGAAAGUUGUUCGGAACAAUCGAUCAAGAUAAAGAUAAUUAUGUCUCAGCGGCCGAACUGAAAGCAUUGAUCAUAGGAAUUACCUUCGAAGAGAUAAAUUUUGAUAGGGAUGAUGCUGUGGCUAAAGUAAUGAGCGACUUUGAUUCGUCACUUGAUGCGAAGAUCGACGAGAAUGAGUUUGUUCACGGGAUAACCAAGUGGCUUAAUGAGGCAAAGCGAGCAGGAUCUGGUACUGCUCCUGAUGCUGGUCCUAGGACAAUGAAGUUCAUAAACGAUUAUCACAUGCAAACAAAAAGAGAGCAUACUUUGCUGGGAGCAGAACAAGAAACCGAGCAGAGUGACGAGGUCAUCGAAGAAGUCGAGAAUCCAAGGUGGAUCUCAUUUAAGGCGGUGUUAAUGUUGAUGCUGGGGACAGCUAUUGCAGGUGCAUUUGCCGACCCACUGGUGGAUGCUGUCGACAAUUUUUCUGCCGCAACGAGCAUCCCCACCUUCUUCAUCUCGUUCAUUGCUCUGCCUCUGGCCACCAAUUCCAGCGAAGCAGUUUCAGCUAUCAUAUUUGCCACCCGCAAGAAGUUCAGAACUGCCUCUUUGACAUUCUCCGAGUUGUAUGGGGCUGUGACCAUGAACAACGUCCUCUGCCUGUCGGUGUUCCUCGCGAUCGUGUACAUCAGAGGAUUGGUUUGGGACUUCUCAUCCGAGGUGCUGGUCAUUCUCAUCGUGUGUCUCGUAAUGGGCGCCUUCGCCAGCUUCCGCACCACAUUCCCUCUUUGGACAGCUUCGAUCGCCUUCCUGCUCUACCCGUUCUCCCUGGCACUGGUCUAUGUUCUUGAUUACGUCUUUGGUUGGUCGUAGAGUCUCCGCUGGAGGCGAGAUGGAUCGCUGACUGGAAAGCUACAUCUAUGAGAGAUUUGAUUCUGCGUCUAGUGAGUUGGCUGUUCUUAUGUAAACUUGAAAAAGCUGGCGUUUAUGUGUCUUUGAGGUACAUUUAUGUUGUGACUUGGAUGAUAUAUGACACCCAUGUAGUCGCGUUUCGAAACGGGACUUGCAGUGGCGCCUCAAAUGAGAACAAAUAGUCAUAUGAUACGAUACGACAGAGCCGAACAGGCGAACACAGCCAGAUAACAAGUAGGAACUGAAGUGGGAAAGCCCAUCACACUCAGGAGGAAGAAAAUGGGCCGAAAGAGACAAAUUAUGCGGCCCAAGAAUGGCCCAUAGCUAGCUGAAGGUCUGGGCUGGCCCAUGCAAUGUGGUCGUGGGAGCCACCAUUUUAAAAGCCCUGCAUGCAUGCAUGUCGUGGGCACGUGCAUAGCUCUGGAACAUCUGCGACGGAUUUACAAUUUUCGUCGCAGAAUGUCAUAAUUUUUCAACAAAGGUCCACUAAUGGCUUUUGUGACGAAUAUGUAACUUUUGGAGACAAACUUUAUUGUCGCGAAACAUUAUCAUGACGAAUAUGGAAG